AUGGCAUCUUCCACCGGUCUCUCCGUCGCCGGAGCUCUGCUUGCUGGAGAUUUUCGAUUACCAGCUCUGUCGUCUCAAGUACCUAGAAAGAGUUCUUCUUCAUUGUCUUGUCUCAACAGCAAAGUUCUCUCGCCACCAUAUAAUUGCUGUUGGCGACUAUCCAAAGUCAAAAUUUUGACACCUCUCAGUGACUCGCGGAUAUGCGCUGUGGGAAAUGAAGCUGAAGAUGGCUUCCUCUCGAAUAUAAGUGAAGAUAGUGAUGAGAUGUUCGACGACUUGUUCAACAAAUACGGCAAGGUUGUUUACAAGAGCGACGAUCAAAAGUCUCCAACCGCCGAAGUAGAUGAUGACGCAGAAAGUUUAGCAUUUGCGGUUGAAAUGGCCAAAGUUGCGAGUGAGGUGAAAGCUGGAGACAUUAAGGUCCUCUUUGUGAAGCCUCUCGUCUACUGGACUCGCUUUUUCAUCAUAGCCACUGCGUUUUCCCGCCCUCAGAUCGAUGCAAUCGGAUCCAGGAUGAGAGACCUGGCUGAAAAGAAGUUUGGGAAAGUUGCUAAUGGAGAUGUAAAGCCUAAUGCAUGGACAUUGUUGGAUUUCGGCGAUGUGGUGAUCCAUAUUUUCUUGCCUCCGCAGAGAACGUUCUAUAACUUGGAAGAUUUUUACGGAAACGCGAUGUCAAUUCCCCUUCCCUUUGAAGAUCAGUCACCACCACGACGCUGA